AUGGAGCCAGAACGACAUCGAGCGCCUUCCAAACCCACCCCCACCAAUACCCCCGGCGCUCUUCACCAGCCACCUUACCCCCAUCCCCACUCUCAGACGAACGCCAACCCGACCUUCGUCCGUCUCUGCGAGACCCGUCCUUCCCGUCUUACAUCGAGGGUUCCCUCCUCCGACAGCAAGAAAACAUACUCCUCACAGGGUCGAGCCGGGCAUAAGGCAAGGACAAACCCGCCUGCUAGCAUGCCUGUUGGCAUCGGCAUACCUCUACCGCCCGAUCACCGUUCCAUCCCCACGACCGGAAACAUUCAGUUGACCGGCCCCAGGAUGGUGCAUAUGUCGCACACCGAGCAACGCAAGUCAAGUCAGAAGAUCAUCGAGAUCGGGGCUAUGGCUGUGCUGAACAUGGCUUCCACCAGACCGGAACCUGACAAUAUCGACCCGCGCUUGGUGCUACUGGGAGAGGGGUUCAGGAUACGAGAAAAGAGCAGUGCGCCGAGCCCUGAGCCGCGGGAUGGGGAAGAUUCACCAACGCAGAAGAUGCUGAAAGAUUUGGUUAAGAUGGAGAAGAUGUUGAGGGAGAGGGGUGAGGGAGAGGAGGAGAGGAAAGCACUGAAUGGAUGUGGGUAUAUUAGGGAGGUGCUGGGUAGGAUGGGUGACAAAGGUGGAAUAAUGGGUGAUGAGGGUCGUGGUGAUGGGCCGUCUCAGGUCGACGAAAGCAAAGCGCUAUGCUCAAGCCCUGCUUCGUCCGAUGACGCCAGCCCUUUGACCGAUGAGGAGCUCAUGCGCGAGUUGGGUGUGAACUUUCCCUCGCCCUCUUCGGGGAGCCACGGGGUCUAG